UGUUUUUCACUAGUUCCGUCUUCUCUCGUGCCCUGCUUGCCUAGACUGGGCUGAAAAGGAAGUGCAGAAAAAAGUUUACCCAGGAAGAGAGUCAGAGAGCACCCACAAGGAGAUCUUACAAAACGUUCGAGAGGAGAGAGGAGUUUGUUGUUGGUGUUGGGAAGUUUUCCCCCUGGGGAUAUCUGACUGAAGCCAUGUGGGCUGUGAGAGGUGUUGAUAGGGUUGAAGGGAGCAGAAAAGUGCACUGAAAGGAGUGAGACGCAAUCUCAAUGAGGAAGGAGCUCCAACCAGAUAAACCGGAUUCCUCCAGAUGGAUUUUAGAGGGCAACCUUACUCUGGAGUCAUAGAGACUGCUGAGGAAUAGACACCGCAGACAAACACUCUCUUAUACACAAUUCUGGGAGAGGACAGAGGCUUAGAGAAGAAUGGAAGCACUGAGAGAGUCUUUUCUUCACUUGACUUUUCAGAUGUCAACAUAUAAGAGAGCCACGCUGGAUGAGGAGGACCUGGUGGACUCCACCAGUGACGACAUCUACCCUUCAUCUCCCAUGCAGGUUACUCUUCUGCAUGGUCGUAGUCCCACAUGUUGGCCAGACAGGACACAGCGAGAGAGGAGGCUGCUGUUUUUGGUGUGUGUGCUGUCGCUGGGCCUGUUCAUAUCACUCAUCACAACCGGGGUCUUCUACAAUCAGGCUCACCCGGGAUUGUGUCUAACAGAGCCUUGCAUUACUGUGGCCAGUGCUGUUAUGGGAGCCCUGAAUCGAUCCGUAGACCCCUGCCAUGACUUCUACAAUUUUGCUUGUGGGGGUUGGGUGAAGAACAAUCCCCUCCCUGAGGGGAAGUCUCGCUGGGGUCCUUUCAGCAACCUGUGGGAGCACAACAUGCUGGUAAUGAAGCAUUUAUUAGAAAACACAACAAUGAAAGGUUUGAGUAAGGCUGAGGAAAAGGCCCAGCAAUAUUAUCAGGCUUGCAUGAAUGAAACCAAAAUUGAGGAAUUAGGAGCUAAGCCACUACUGCAACUAAUCAGCCAGAUAGGAGGAUGGGCUCUGAAUGAACCCUGGGACAAGAACAACUUCCAAGAGGUUCUGCGAACAGUGUCAGCUAGCUUACGCACCUCUCCUUUCUUCACUGUGUUUGUCAGCACAGACUCCAAAAACUCCAACAGCAACAUCAUCCAGGUGGAUCAGUCCAGCCUGGGACUACCUUCACGCGACUACUACCUCAACAAAACAGCAAAUGAAAAGUAUCUGACGGCAUACCUCAACUUCCUGGUGGAGUUAGGGGUUCUUCUGGGUGGCUCAGAGGAGACAUCUCGGACGUUAAUGGAAGAGAUUGUGGACUUUGAAACCACUCUGGCCAACAUCACAGUCCCUCAGGAGGAGAGAAGAGAUGAGGAGCUCAUUUACCAUAAGAUGGAGGCCAAAGACCUGACAACUCUGGCUCCUGCCGUGGACUGGAUGCAGUACCUCACAGAAGUGUUUGCUCCUGUGCCGCUGAAUGAGUCAGAGCCAGUAGUUGUUUAUGCCACAGAAUACCUCCAGAAAGUUUCUGACCUCAUAACUAAAACAAAUAAAAGCCUUCUCAACAACUACAUGAUGAUGAAGGUGGUGAGAAAGAUGGUUUCCAUUUUGGACCAAAGGUUUCAGGAUGCUGAGCAGCGUUUCCUUGAAGUCAUGUAUGGAACCAAGAAGAGCUGCACUCCACGCUGGAAGUUGUGUGUCGGCGACACGGACAGCGCCCUGGGCUUUGCUCUUGGAGCCAUGUUUGUCAAAGACACCUUUACUGAGGACAGCAAAGCCGUUGCUGAAAACAUGGUUGCAGAAAUUAAAUGGGCAUUUGAGGACAGCCUUAAGUACGUGACUUGGAUGGACUCAGAAACAAAGAAAGCAGCAAAAGAAAAGGCAGAUGCCAUAUACAACAUGGUUGGAUAUCCUGAGUUCAUUAUGAAUGCCACAAAGCUGGACAAAGUGUUCAAUGAUUUUAUGGUGGUUUCAGACCUUUACUUCCAAAAUGUUAUGCAGUACUACAACUUCUCAGCCAGAGUGACUGCAGACCAGCUGAGGAAAACUCCCAACAGAAACCAGUGGAGCAUGACCCCUCCAACCGUAAAUGCGUACUACAACCCAACAAAGAAUGAAAUGGUUCUGCCAGCAGGAAUCCUUCAAGCUCCAUUCUACAGUCGCUCCUGGCCCAAAGCUCUUAAUUUUGGUGGAAUUGGAGUAGUCAUGGGUCAUGAGCUGACUCACGCUUUUGAUGACCAAGGGAGGGAGUACGACAAGGAUGGAAACCUGCGGCCUUGGUGGAAGAACUCUUCUGUGGAGGCCUUCAAGAAGCAGACCCAGUGCAUGGUGGAGCAGUAUGGCAACUACAGCAUCAACCAAGAGCCUCUGAAUGGAAGACACACACUGGGAGAGAACAUCGCUGACAACGGCGGACUCAAAGCCGCCUACAAGGCUUAUGUGAACUGGAUCAAAAAGAAUGGUGAGGAGCCCACACUGCCUGCCCUGGGAAUGACAAACCAUCAGCUGUUUUUUGUCGGGUUUGCCCAGGUAUGGUGCUCUGUCAGAACACGGGAGAGCUCACAUGAGGGUGUAAUCACAGAUCCCCACAGUCCAUCAAGAUUUAGAGUCAUUGGCACCAUCUCCAAUUCACAAGCAUUCUCAAAGCACUUCGGUUGCAAAGCAGAUGCUCCCAUGAACCCUAAACAUAAGUGCGACCUUUGGUGAUGCCUCACUUUUCAGGCCGUUUUUCAGCAAGAAGUGAAGUGGAAAAAGUAGCUUGAGAUGCUGACAAAGUCUCUUCAGACGGGAAUGCAAGAACCACUGAAACGCCUACUGCCUUGCCACUUGCAAAAUGUGCCUGCUCUCUAUGGAUGAUUGUAAGUUUUAGUGUUUUGUUCACAAGGACUGCUGAUUUAGCGAACAGCUUUCCCCAGGCUCUCAAGUUAAAUGUCGCUGUAAAGGUGGUUUUUGAACACUGUAAAACCAACACAUGGUCACAGAAAUGGGGAACCACUUUCAAAAUUUCCUACACUGCUUGUUUGCCAUGUAAAGUGAUAAAUAAGUAAAGUAAUGUUUCUCUUUUUUCCACUGUGCUUGGAUCUGCUCUGGUUUAUUUUAUUUGUAUUUUAUUUAUAACCAGAUUUUUAUAUAACAGUGAACCAUGGACAUGCAAGAUUUAUAACCUGAUGAAAAAUGAAAAUGUGGUUCACAUAUGGACUGCUUUAGAGCUGUUUAUUAAGAAGUGGUAUAAAUAUAUUUUACCACUAUACCAGCUGUCUUUAAACCAUUGCAAUAUUUGGAAAGCAUUUGUGUACAGUCUGGUCAAACUGUGUCAUUAAGAAUGUGGGCAUGUAGGCUAAAGCCAUGAUGUGCCAUACCUGUUUUUAUGAGUGUGCCACAAAUUAUUUUAUAUAGUAAAACCAAUCUUAAAACA